UUGGAGAUUCUUAGUAAUGGGAAGUUUAAGAGUAUACUUCAUCGUGGGUUGGUGAAUAAGGAGAAGGUUAGGGUGUCUUGGGCUGUGUUUUGUGAACCACCAAAGGAUAAGAUUGUUCUUAAGCCGAUGCCGGAGAUGGUGAGUGCUGAGUGUCCGGCUAAGUUUCCUCCAAGGACAUUUGCUCAACAUAUUGAGCAUAAAUUGUUUGGGAAGGAACAAGAGGAAUUGGUGUCUGAGAAAAAAGAUUAAGUUUGUGUGUUUAAGAAGGAACAAGUCUUUAUAUGUAAAACUCUAUUUAAGAGUUUCUUUUUUUUUUGUGUUCGUGUCAU